AAUUUAUAAGUCAUGCUUUACCGUCAGAUACUCAACAAAAAGUCUUAAUCAUUAAUGAUAACAUAAAAUCUGGUUGGAUUUAAAAAAUGAAAAGGAUAGCAAAAAGAAAAAUAAAAUGGCCAUAAUAUAUUUUCUUCAUUGUUCAAUGCACUCUUAAAGGAAAAUAAUAUUGUGGGAAAUCAGGAAAGAAGUGGGAGAGUGAAAAAGAAUCCUUAAACAUAUUUCUUCGUGAGUGAUGGCAGAUACUGAAUUAUCAUCGACUGAUAAUAACAAUUGUGAUGCAAAUCAUCCGCUUGCAAUGUAUGGGUGCGACGAUAAAUGGUCGUUCAGUAAACGUGAUAGAUCACAGGAGGUCUAUUUGAGUAACAAUUAUAAGACAGCACAUUUUCAUCCUAAUUGGAGUAAAGGUACAGCAGGCAUUCGUGGUACGAGGAUUCUCAAUAACGGGAGAUAUUUCUGGGAACUUAAAGUUAGUCAAAGAGUGUUUGGAACAAGCAUGAUGUUUGGGAUAGGAACACGAAAAGCACGCUUGCAUGUAAAUUCAUUUACAAACCUACUUGGAGAAGAUGAAAACGGUUGGGGGUUGAGUCAUAAAGGAUUAAUUUGGCAUGGUGGUGUGGCUAAGCAGUUUUGUAAUCGAUUUAAAGAGAACGAAGCGACUAAGAUUGGAAUUCUUUUUGAUGGAAUUGCUGGUACAUUGACAUACUACAAAGACGAUAUUUGUUUAGGUGUAGCUUUUCGUGGAUUAAACGAGAUUCGUGAACCACUCUUCCCAAUAGUCUGUUCAACAGCAGCAAAAACUGAAAUGGUUUUAUGUAACACAAAACGCGAUUUUGCUAAUCUCCAAGAUCGCUGUCGCGCGACAAUAAUGAAACUAGUGAGAACACGUGAUCGUCUCGAGACAUUGAAACUACCAUUCAGAAUCACAAAUUACCUUGCCGAAUCGCUUUGUGAAACUCCUGAUGCGAUUUUAAACAACUAUCCAAAUUAUUAUGACUACAUGGUUUGAAAUCAUCGAAUGAAAGACUCGUUUCGUUACCACAUUCCAAUUGAUAAUAUUUAAAAGAAAUUUUAAGCUUAAGCUGUCUUUUGUUCCUUUCUUAUUUAUUUCAAAC